UUAGCACCCAUGGUCCGAUAUUCAAAGCUCCCGUUCCGCCACCUUGUCUCCCUCUACGACGUCCACAUUACUCACACACCUAUGAUACUAGCUAGAGAGUUCUCACGCUCCUCAAUUGCACGCUCAGCAGAUUUUUCAUCGUCGCAUCACGAGCGAGGCCUCUUCCUGCUACGUCCUAAAGGCGGCAAACAACCUACACUCGUCCGAGGCGCCCUCGUCGCACAGUUCGCUGCUACCGAACCCAGACACCUCGCCGACGCAGCAGAGCUCAUUUCACCUUGGGUGGACGGUAUCGAUCUUAACUGCGGAUGUCCCCAGCCCUGGGCAUACACCGAGCACAUUGGCUCUUGGCUCCUUCGCAAGCCAGAGGUCGUGUAUGAUCUUGUGAGGGCGACAAAGGACCGCCUUGGCUGGAACUUUUCGGUGUCGAUCAAGAUACGCGUUGAUGAACCCAAGCAGACUGAGCGCCUCAUCCAGACUGCCAUACGAGCCGGAGUCGACUACGUCACAGUCCAUGGGCGAACCAGGCAUCAAGCGUCGACUGCUCCCGUCAACUUACCCACGAUUCGGUUUGCCGUCGACGCUGCAAAAGGCGAGGUACCCAUUGUUGCUAACGGUGAUGCGUGGAGCAUGGAAGACGUCCUCCGCAUUCGCACGGAGACCGUUGCUCAGGGAGUGAUGAGCGCCCGGGGACUACUUGCUAACCCUGCCUUGUUCGCCGGCUAUCGGUCGACUCCAGCCGAGGCGAUCACAAGAUUCGUCGAGAUAGCAACCAGCUACGGUGGUCUGCCUUUCGCCCUCUUUCACAGACACAUUGCAUGCAUGCUUGAGGAACGCCUUGGUCGAGCGGAGAAGACGUAUUUCAACUCGUUGACUUCACAUGCCGGUGUGCUGGACUAUUUGGAAGGCCGCGGCUUGUCUUUGCCGAAGUAGGGGACGAGGCUGGUUGACCCAGGGGUACUCUAAAUCCAUACUCUCACAAUCCAAUCUCAAGGUCGGCCGCAGUUCCCAAAACCACACACCGCUCAAGCAAACCCAAGGAUCCUAUUCGCCUCCUGCAACAGGUUCUUCUCGCCCUUCACCGCCGCCUCAUCAAUAACGAACGGCGCGAAGCCCAUCGCCCGUCUCCCCUGGUCCGAAAUCAGGUCUUCUUCCGUCGCCAUUCCCACAAAUCCCGUCUCCGGCGUGAUAUCCUUGCCAAAAUCGGGCGGCGUUGCCGCGCUCUUGAACGUGUCCCGCUGACGGGCGAGGUAGGCCGCGUUCCGCAGCGUCAGUGGCACGCGGGGAUGUACAUCACCGACG